GAGAGCGUGAAACAAAGCAGUCGGGUCGGAAUUGGACUUGGGAAGCGCCGUGUGGAGUCAGGCAUAAAACUUGUUGGAGGAGAGUAACGAGCCUGCUCCUGUAGCUCUCUCCUCAUCCACGCGGCGCCUCAGGGGUUCCCACCACCCUUGCGAUUUAUUUUUAUAUCUGCUUUUUAUAGAGAAAGAAAUAUAUAUAUAUAUUUUUUCCUCUUAAGUGAAAAUUCCUGUUUCAAGAGAAAAUAAGACAAGAUCAAUGAAGGAGAGAAGAGCCAGCCAGAAAUUAUCCAGUAAAUCUAUCAUGGAUCCUAAUCAGAACGUGAAAUGCAAGAUAGUAGUGGUGGGAGACAGUCAGUGUGGGAAAACCGCGCUACUCCACGUCUUCGCCAAAGACUGCUUCCCCGAAAAUUACGUCCCUACAGUGUUUGAGAAUUACACGGCCAGUUUUGAAAUCGACACACAAAGAAUAGAGUUGAGCCUCUGGGACACUUCGGGGUCUCCUUACUACGACAACGUCCGGCCCCUCUCUUACCCAGACUCGGACGCUGUGCUGAUUUGCUUUGAUGUCAGUAGACCAGAGACUCUGGACAGUGUCCUAAAAAAGUGGAAAGGUGAAAUCCAGGAGUUCUGUCCCAACACCAAAAUGCUCUUAGUUGGCUGCAAAUCUGAUCUUCGGACAGAUGUCAGUACAUUAGUAGAGCUCUCGAAUCACAGGCAGACACCGGUGUCCUAUGACCAGGGAGCAAAUAUGGCCAAACAGAUCGGAGCAGCUACUUACAUUGAAUGCUCAGCUUUACAGUCAGAAAAUAGCGUCAGAGACAUUUUUCACGUGGCCACCUUGGCAUGUGUAAACAAGACAAAUAAAAAUGUUAAGCGGAACAAAUCGCAGAGGGCGACAAAGCGGAUUUCACAUAUGCCUAGCAGACCAGAACUCUCGGCAGUGGCUACAGACUUACGAAAGGACAAAGCCAAGAGUUGUACUGUGAUGUGAAUCUCCAGUUAUUUUUUAUGAGGACAAGGAAAUUAAAUGUAAAAACCACCACCAACAAAACAGAAAGGUGAAGUCUGAACAAAGUGCACAGCCAAAGUCACAUGUUCUGGAGGCUUAGGAGGCGUUUGGAAGGAUUGUUCAUCUUUUUGGAAUCCUGUCCUUAGAUUUGGCAUGUAGAACAAGUGGUGGGAAGUGAGUUCAUUGAAGAGUUUUGAAAUGUGACUUGAAAAAUAUGCCAAAAAAGAGAGAUUCAGAUGGGCUAGAGGUUGAAGAAGAGGAAUGCGAGUACCUCCAAGAAGAAAAAUCACACUCUGAAUGGUGCUUGCAUUUUUGUUUUCUUUGUUACAUUCUAUUCACGGAUCUCUACUUUGAUUUAAUUUUUAAGUGUUUUAAUCUCCUUUACAAAAAAGUGUAUAUUAAUAUACCAUCCUCAUUGGGGAACUGGCACUGUGACCUUAGCAUUUAGUUUUCUAGAGGAUGUGAUCUAAUUUUCUCCUAGCUCAUCAUUAAAAUGGAAAUUGUAUCAGGACCCAUGGGAUAUCCAGAGGAAAGUUGGUGAGGCUUUGAAAUCUUGCUGUCCUGAAGAUAGCUGAGUGAGAUGGUUCUCAAGGAACGCUUUUGCAGUGUUGCGAGGUUCGGAGACCAGCACUACAAAGAUUGAAUAGGUCAACUAGAAGAAAAGUGUCCAUUUUUAUUCAGUCUGAUGGUUCUGUUCAUCCUUGUGAUUGUCAUUAAAAAGUGGUAAAUUGCUCAAUGUGAUAUUUUUGUGUGCUGUUUAGAAAAGGGUGUGUGAUUUUUUUUUUUUGCCAUCAUUGAUAAAAAUGCAACGUCAAAUAAAAGGUGUCUUGGUAUGACAUCAUAGAAUGAUCCAAGGGGGAAAAAAUGUAGGUACUAUUGAUAUUUUCACCUGACGAGAUAACGAAUGAAGGGUAGUAGCAGAAAGCACAGUUUGUGAGUUAAGUUGUCUGGAUGUAAGAGACCAAAAGUACAAAGCAAAAGGCCUAUUUUGGGAUGAAGCUCCAAAGUUGGCAACAUUUGAUAAUCAGUUGGCUUAUUUCAAUAUCUUUCAGUGAACAUGAUAAGAAUGGCCCUCUGUUCCAAGCUUUUGAGAAUCCUUAGAGGAAAAUUAUGUAAUGUCAGUCCUACACUACCCUAUGGCAUUUUUAGAGAGUGAUUGC